UCCCUCCAAGAGGCCAAGUAUGAGGGUUCCCGCCUUAACGAGCUUGCACUGAAGCACAUGGAGGCGAGACGGCUUGACCUCGAGAAGUUGAAGAGAGAGAGGCAGGCUGCAAGUGAGCUCCGGUCAAAGGUGGAUGAACAGGAGAAGACAAUUGCCGCUCAUCAAGAGGAGGUGGCCACCCUGGUUGCUCGUGCCGGAGCCCUCUACGAAGAGGGACAAUUUGACAUGCAGCAAUGCAUCUACGGGGCAGUCCAGAGUGGUCUCCCAGAGAACCGCACUUUGGAUGAUUUCAUCUCCUACUAUGGAGUUGUCUUUAUUGAUCUUACUAUUUCUGAUUCUUCUUUGUUGGCAUUCCCUUCACUUGGGUCCCCAACGCCUGAACUUUCUUCUGGGUCUUCUCUUGCCUCUGAACAAUCGGUGACUUCUCCCUUACCUAGGGAGGAGAAUCACCCUCAUCAUCCCCCACGGGUAUCCGGGGAUAUUCUCCCGAGUUCCGGCAUGCUUUCAAACGGGGCCAGGACGGAGGUACCUUCUCACUGUCCUGGCACGUCCCGUCCGCAAAAGAGACGCAAUCCUCACUCAGGAGCUUCCCGGUUGGUCUCUGGGCAAUCAACUGCCUGUCCAUCACUUUCCGGCUUCUUCGCCAUGGCAAGUAAGUCCGAGGGCAAAGUCGUCAUCGACUCAACCCUCUCUGGGACGUCUUCUCCUCCAGGUGAUGAGUUUUCCGUCUCUUCGGCCCAGUCCAACGACAUGGCCGGGAUAAGCCCCGGCGAGUUCUUGAGACUUUAUCCGGCGCCUCGCCUUCCUGCUCCAUCCCCUCCUAGUCCACCCAGGCUUCCCUCCGGGGAGAUAGACUGCGACUCCAUGACCCUCCAAGACUUUGCCUUCUACCAGAGGAUGUGCAGGACUAAACUUGGACGUUCCCCGCUAACUGUUGAGGCGGAACCUUCCUGUGAAAGCCGGACUGCUACUCCAAACCUGCUGAAGCCUUUCAACAAUGGUUCUUCAUUGAAGGGAGCAGCCCCCCGUCCUGGGUCAUGGGAAGAUUAUGACAUAUGGGAAACCACUAAUUCAUCAACGUGCCCCGCGUCAAAGAGAAGGAGCCCAUGGAAGGGUCCCCCACCUCCUUCUUGUUGACUGCAUGGAUGCAAUAGGCCCUCCUUCAGCUCCUAGCCACCUGCAGAUUAAUAUUCCUUUCCUGGUUUUGUAUCAAGGGACUUUCACUUGUUUGGUCCAGGGGUUGUCCCCACAUCCCAAACUAAGGAAUAUUCCUUAAUUUUGAAGUAGGAAUCAUUGCUGUAAUUCAAAUACAUACCCUCCGAAUUAGCAAUCAAUGAACUCCCUUAAU